AUGGCUUCCGAUUUUUCUUCGUCUUUACUGUCGAUAUUUCUGUUUUCACUGGUUUUUGUUUUUCGUCGAGGUGAGGAAACUUUUUGGAAGGGGGUUUUUUUGAAAUUUAGCCUUUUUAUGAGCAUCUGAUAGUUCAAAAUAAGAUCAUAGUUUUGAGAUUUAUUGCGAUUUUCAUUAGAAUUCACUCUUGUUGAUUUUAGACUUUUAAAGUGGCCCGCGCCAGCUUGUCACGAUUUCCAGUUUAUUUGGAGCUACAGUAGCCUUUUCGGCUUUUUCGCUUCGAUGCUCUCGGUGUGCCCCCUUGCGUGCUCCUUUAAUAAAACUCAUUGUUUCCGAACUUUGGAAUUUUCUUAUUCUACAAAAACAGUUGUGACAUCAAAUUUUGUAUCAAACUAACCCAAAAAUUAUAUGCCAGAAAAGCUCGAACAGUCGGUUUCAUCAAUAACAAUCAAAAUUAUUGAAUUAAUCUUUUUGAUUUUUUUUUUUACAAAUCCAGCACAGAAUCUGAGUGUGUAUAGUUGAAGCGAAAAAUGAAAUCAAUCCAUUGAAAAAACCUCGUUAAUGAAAGAGAUAGCGGAAAUUGAAGCAAUAUCUUGAUCAGAAAUAAUGUUUUAUUAAAGGCGCACGCAAGGGGGCACACCGAGAGCAUCGAAGCGAAGCGCCGAAAGGGGUUCUGUAGCUCCGAGGAAAAUUGAAAUCGUGACACGCUGGUGCGGAAUGACCUAUAUGUCAAAACCCUAAAGUGCCCCCUGAAAUUUUCCCGUUCUCCAGGCUCCAAGGCCGAUGUGGACCCGUGUCCGGACCGAUGGUUCCACAUGCCCCAAUCCCAUUCUUGCUUCUACUCCCCACUUCAUCCCCACGAGUGGGAAGAAGCUGAAGAGCACUGUAUAGAGCUUGGUGGACAUUUGGCUUCGGUUCGAAGUCCCGAGGAAGCUUCUAUCUUGCGAAGUUUGUUUCUAUCAAGAAAUUUUUAUCUUUAUCUAUAUCUUAUCAAAUUUUUAUCAUUUUUUUAACUCAUCAGGGAAUGUUCUGAUCUCACAAUGGGACUUCUGAAUGAGACUACUAGAUGUAUUUUCUGACGCUGAUUCCAAAUCUGGUCUUAAAAACUGCCCUCAAGGCCUGUGAAUAAAGUUAAGGGCUCUCGAAAUUUCCGACCUUUGAGAGCCCCUAACUUUUUUUUUACAGAUUUCAAGGUUCAUUUUUUGAAAAAACAGUGAACCUAGUCUCAUUCAGAAGUCCACUGGUAAGUUAAAAACAAAAAAGGUGUUAAAAAAUGGCUCAUUUAAUGUAUUUUUAGUUAUUAUUUUGGGUUUCCACUCUUUUAUUUUUUUAAACUAGGUGUUUUUAUCAUUUUUUGGGAUCAAUUUUGCGUUACCGGAAUUUUUCAACCUACUCAGAUAUUCUUAACGCAAAAAAGACGUGCUCCUGACGUUUCUAAGCGAUUCUAGGGAUCACUUAAGAGUGCUGACGCUACUAAAGUGGUCACUAAAAAUUCGCGUUACUCCAAGUUAGUUGACCAUAUUCAAGGGCGCGCCGGCUCAAAAAUCCCUGUCAAUAAUAAGAUGUAUUCUCGGUUUUUGUUUGCUUUUGAUUUUUUCUUAACAGUUAUUGUUAUAGAAUUUCUUACUAUCACCUUGUAAAUUCAAUAAUUCCCCUUUCCAGCACUUUUGGUCCGAGAAAACCCGAGUUUUUUCAACUGGAUCGGACUCCGACGAAAUCCGAUCGAUCAGGAAUUUUCGUGGACCGACGGUUCCAGCUUCUCCUUUGCACUUUUCAAGAAAAGUUCGUUUUUGAAGACGUUGGAAAAGAAAAAAAAUUGAUAAAAAGCUGUUUUGUAGUGCUUCCAACUUACCCUGGACUGGUAUAAGUGUCUAGGAAUUUACUAUAUUCUCAAGGAAAUCUAUGUUUCUUGAGUUUUUUUGGUGUCAUUUCAAAAAUUUUUAAAUUAUGUAAUUUUUUUUGUUUUGAAGUUCCACCACGAACACAGUUUUUUUCCUGAGUUUUCCCAGUUUCUCUAUGAAUUCAACCAGUCAACUUAAUUUACUCUGUUUUGAAAAAUUUAGAUUUUUUUUCAAAGUUUUUUUUUUGCCAAAAUGACCGUAUGCCAAAUUGGAACAGAUGCGCUUCAAGAUCGCGUGGUUUUGUGAAGAAAAAGUAAAAUAGCUUUUUUCUCAGUCUUAUCAAUUUUCAGACGAACCCACAGAUUUUGGAGACUGUAUCGCCUGGUCGCUGACUGAGGGAACCGACGGCUGGGCGGCUAUAAACUGCGAUUAUUCCCAAUUUUUCCUCUGUCGCAAGGGUGCCGAGGGGUUUGAAUUUUUAAGCUAACUAUCUUUAAGAAGCUUCAUCUUGCUAGGAAUUUUUCCUGUUUCAGUGAACGAGCCGCCUGGUUUAGUGAGGAUGAAGGCGAAUUUUCGAGUCCCGGUUUCCCGGAAGCCUACGAAAACGAGAUGAAACGCAAUUUCUUCAUUCAGGUUAAGAAAAUUUACGUCUAGCAAACAUCGAAAAUGAUCAGUUUGAGGCUUUUUCUGUCUUUUUCCGAUAGAAAUAAGACUGGGAGAAUCUCUAGUGGCCAUUUAAGGGGCUCCUUAAGGACUACUUGGAGAGGACACUGAAAAAACCCCUAUAGAAGCCACUAUCUUGCGUCUUAGUGGCCACUAUAGCAGUUUUAGUGGGUUAAUAAAACCACCUGGAGUUCUAAAAUUCCAGUCGAUUUUAAUCACUUAAGUGGCCACUUAUUUGACUACUAGAGUGGCCACUAAAAUGUCGAAACCCUACAGUGUCCACUAAAAAUACUCCAGAUGGGCGUGGCUUCAAAAAUCAAUGAGAAAAGCUUGAAAAAUAUUUUUUUUAUACUUUUUGCUAUGGAAUUAAUAAUAAAAACCUAGUUUUUCUCUAAAACUCUCUCUAAAGCACGCUAUUUCGCCGAUCGUGUUAGGACCAUUUUAUCGAAUUUUCAUGGAUCUUUUAUGCUUUUUCACAAUAAUAUAGUUUCAGUUUGAAAUAAAAAGUCGUUUCUACUUUUUUUUUUCAGCCACUUAUUUAACUACUAGAGUGGCCACUAAAAUGUCAAAACCCUACAGUGUCCACUAAAAAAAUACUCCAGAUGGGCGUGGCUUUGAAAAUCAAUGAGAAAAAGCUCGAAAAAAAUAUUUUUUUAUAUACUCCUUGCUAUGAAAUUAUUAAUAAAUACCUCGUUUUUUUCUCUAAAAACUCUCUGGAGCACACUAUUUCGCCAAUUGUUCCAGGACCAUUUUAUCGGAUUUUAUUGGUUUUUCUGAAAUUGUUUCAAAAGUUAUCAGGAAUAACCUCUCAAUUUCAAAAAAAGUCAAAAAAACCAUUUUUAACUAAUUUUCAGCCAACUAUUUAACUACUAGCGGGACCAUAAAAACCCUAAAGGGACCACUAAAAGUUUUUUAAAGUUGAAAAACUCCCUUUUCUUAAGAAAUUAGCCUUUUUCUAGGUUGAAAACGGCUCAAGAAUCCUCCUCACCUUCACUUCAAUCGAUACAGAACCCGAAAAAGAUGUGAUUACGGUAUUCGACGGUCAUUCGGAGGAAAGUCGAACCAUUGCCAAGUUUCAAAAAAAAUCAAAAAAUCAUUCAAAAAUCGAGAAAUUUCUAGGCUUUCCGGAAAAAUCCCGGAAAGUCGAUCUUUCCUUUCCAGUAGCCAUGAAAUGGCUGUCAGGUUCGAAAGCGACGAGGAUACGGUAGCCGCUGGCUUCUCCGCCCGUUACAGUAUACUGUGGGGUUACUGUAGUUAUUUCAAAUAGACUAGGGGAAUUUUUCAGGAUGAGAAAUGAGCUGAAGAACUAUUCGAGCAUGUUCGAGACGAUUUCCAGCCCAAAACCUGCCGCCUCCUUUUACUUGCAAGAUUAUUUGAUCGAAUGUCCGCCGGACUUUCAUGUCGAGUUUACGGUUUCAGGUAAAUUUGGGGGUUGAAAAGAAAAUAUAUUAGACUUAGAAACUCCAGAGUGGCCCUUAAGGGUUUCGAAAUUUGAAAGUUCUUUUUUUUUUUUUACUUCACCAAACCCUAUAGGGGCCACUCAAGCUUGCAAAAGCGGCCUCUGGGACAUUCUGGUCGAUUAUUGUCAUGAAAUUGAUAAAAAUCAAUAAAUUACUGUUUUUGUUUAGAACUAAACUGCUUAACCCCUCUAGGGACCACCUAAAUUUUACCCCUAUAAUGGCUGGUUUUUCUCUAAACCCUAUAGGGAUCACUCUGGUGUUAAGAAGUGAGGAAAAGGCGUAAAUAAAUGUAGAAAAAAGACAAUUUUUGGGAUUUUAAGACAUUUUCAAAGCUUUUAGAGCGUGAUAAAAAUUCGAAAAAUCGGAUACUUUAUUAAAAAGUGGCUAGAAAAGGCAAGAAACUCCGUUUUCCACCUUGAAGGGCGGUAGAUCGAUUACUUUUGUACCUUGGAAAGUCAGAAAAGGGCCUCUUAAGGGAUUCAAUUGAUUGAAACCUGAAAAAGGCCACUUUAGGGUUCUACUCGAUCGGAACCUGACUUUUUGCUAUCACUUGUUAAAAAGAAGUUAUUGGGAUUUUUAAAGGAGCAUAGGCUAAUUUCUUUUUCAAGGUCCCGAGCCGAAAAGUCGUUUUUAGUGGUAAUUUUGAAGGUUUUCAUAAGUAAUUUCUGUCAUCAUAUGUAUUAAUUUGAAAGAAAAUAUAUAGUCUGUUCAGAUUUUGAAUGUCAAGUGCAAUGACGUCAUUCGAAAACGCUCUGUGGAUGGCUCGCUCUCUGAUUGGUUUAUCGCGCCAUUAGGGGGCGGGGCUUCAGCGACGACUUGACAUUCAAAAUCUGAACAGACUAUAGUUUCUGGCCAAUUUAACGCCUUUUUCUCCUCUUGAUACAUUGUGAAUAAUAAUUUCAUCGUUUUAUUCUCAAAAAAAAUAUUUCUAGGCGUUCAACUGGACGCUGACGACACCUUGAAGUUCUACCAAGGCUCAUCGGAUCAAGAAUACGUCAUCAAAAUGUAGAUUUUCCAAAUUUCAAGCCGAAUUUUUAAGAUUCAGGUACAAGGCGACCUCGUCGAAGAUCACCAACUUUCCCACGGAAAACUUCAAAUCGACCAAAAAUACCGUAUUUUUCUCCUACGAUUCCGGUCAGCAGACGAAACCCGACGAAAACGGCUGGAAGUUGGAAUAUCAGUGCAAAUUCGACGCGAAUCUCGGCGAAGAAAUCGAAAUUUGA